GGUGGGAUCGGGGUCCCGGGGUGAAAGUCCUCGGGAGGAGUCGAGUCUCCCGACCUCGGGAUUGUCCACCGGAGCGGAGGGAUCAGCCACCCCCAACCUUCCCCAGGCCGCGUGGGCUGUGCUCAGUAUUGACUGACUGACGUGAAAGCCGCCCUAAGUCAAGGUCUCCUGCACGGCGGGGGCACCCCUGCCGCUCCACCAGGCCUUGCGCGCCGCGAGUAGCCCGCGGGAUGGAAAGAAACAAGGGACAGCAGUCAAGGCCAGCGUUUAUGCGCCUUGAGCUCCUCAGAGCACUCCUGUGAAUAGGCCCUGUUGUUCCCAUUUUGCAAAGGUGACCAAAGCCAUCUAUCUGAAAUGUCAAUAGUUCGCUCAUCGGUCCAUGCCAAAUGGAUCGUGGGGAAAGUGAUUGGGACAGCCAUGCAAAAAACCGCCAAAGUGAGAGUAACGAGGCUUGUUCUGGAUCCCUAUUUAUUAAAGUAUUUUAAUAAACGGAAAACCUACUUUGCCCAUGAUGCUCUUCAGCAGUGCACAGUUGGGGACAUUGUGCUUCUCAAAGCUUUACCUGUUCCACGAACGAAACAUGUGAAACAUGAGCUGGCUGAGAUUGUUUUCAAAGUUGGACAAAUCAUAGAUCCAGUGUCCGGAAAACCUUGUGCAGGAACUGCCUACCUGGAGAGUCCAAUCAGUUUGGAAACCACCCAUCUAACCAAAACUCUGGAAGAACACAGUGUCUCUUCAGAAUAGUGAAGGAGGAUUAGAAAAACGAGCCAGAGGAAAUGGUUUAUAAGUUUGCUUUAUGGAAAAGAAAUUCUAAAUUUCAUCACAAACUGAUCAGUUUUUCUUCCGGUACUUAUGAAAUAGCUAAAAGUAAAUGAAUAAAGGGUUUGUUACAAUUUUCCAAAAAGG